AAGGUGGCUCAUACAUAUAUACAUAUGUGUAUAUGUUGCUUCUAUUUUCAAAUCUUCAUGUUGUUUCUAUUAUCAUGUUGUUUCUAUUUUCAAAUCUUUAUUCUCUUUUGACAAUUCUCAUUCUCAAUAUUUCUAUUAUCUUCGCGCGUCGUUUCUUUUCAUCUUUUUUUUUUUUUUUUAAACAAGUUUAUCGAUAUAUAACAUCUAUGGAUAAAAAGAAAUUUAAUCUUUCAGUUUCAUGUUGUUUCUAUUUUCAAAUCUUUAUUCUCUUUUGACAAUGCUCAUUCUCAAUAUUUCUAUUAUCUUCGUGCUUCAUUUCUUUUCAUCUUUCUUUCUUUUCUUUUUUUUCUUUUUUUUUUGUUUUAAAAAAAAGUUUAUCCAUAUAUAACAUCUAUGGAUAAAAGGAAAUUUAAUCUUCAAACAUUUUUAGAACAAAAUAGGAAUAAGAUUCCGAAAAGUGUGAAGGUUGAUAUAGCUUCUUCAAUUGACCAAGAGAUUGAAGGUGGAAUUGUGAUUCAUGCUAGUACCUUUGAUUUAGGCUUGUAUCUUCCAUUCCAUUCUUUGAUUAGAGAAAUCUUAUCCAAACUCGGUCUAGCCCCCAUCCAAUUAUCCCAAAAUUGUUGGAGGAUAAUGUUUGGUAUCAUAGCGUUGAACCAAAUACUUGAAAUUAACUUGGGUUGGAACGAGUUUUGUCAUUGUUAUGCAGUUAAGCAAAAUGCUGCCGGUACUUAUUAUUUCUCCCAUAGAGAAGCCACUACUCUUUUGGUCACUGACUUACCCAAAGCUGAGAAAGGAAGGAAAGAUAACUUGAUCUCUCUUACCGGCGAUUGGGAACGACUACCUGGAGACACUGUUGCCCACUGGGUCCCUAGAAUUAAAGCUGCUCCUACUCAUAAAUCUACAGGUCUCAAGCCUCGAGAUUCGGAUGUGAACCAUUUAGACUUAAACAAGGCUUUGAGUUUGCCCAACGAAGAGAGAAAUUGGAAACAACUUCGUGAUCAUCUGCAUCGAGAAAGUAAGAUAGCUGAUGAAUCUCAAACUUCUCUGCUAACAGCCACGUGUCCACCACAUAACAGCCUCCGGAGUUAUGCUCAGAGUAUGGAAGCAGACCCAUCUGAAAUGAUGACAGAUAUUUUAUCCUCGCCAUCAACUUAUAAGAAACAAAAGCGGAUACAUCCUCAUUCUGCUACUCCAAUAGUUGCUAAUGUGGUCCUUACUAACCCUUGUUCUGAUUAUGAGUCCACUCCUUCUGUAGCUGCUGUUAAAUCAAAAGGCACUAUUGGUAAUAUCAAUCUGGAGGGAUCGAAAGAUCAAGAGACAGCUAAUUUAUCUAAGGAAGAGAUUAAAAUUGACAAGUCGCAUGAAGAGGCUCUUUCACAGUUUGAUCAAACGUGUGGGAAGUUCCAAAAAGAGGUCCAAGGUAUCGUGCAUCGCUUAUCGAAUGAGGUUAAGGAAUUAAAAGCUAUCAUUGCAAGGAAAGAUGAGGAGAUUGAAGAAUUGAGGUCGGUGAAAAAGAAGGAGCCAGUAACAGCUGGAAUCCCAGGAGCAACAAACACAGAAAGCCUUAAUAAAGCUCAUGAAGAGACUAAAGAGAACCCGAUGUUUAAAUUUACUGAACACCUAAAAGGACAUUUUGACGAAUUUUUUCAAAAAUUUUCUGCCAUGGCAAAACUAUAAGAAGCUCAACAACCUCAACCUUGGAGAAAACUUUUAGAUGAUCUGGCUUACAUUAUCGCAAAAGAUAAAGAAUCUCAACGACCUCGUUUUCAUACGUGGAUAGAUUCAUCAUCAUCUGGAAACAACGAACCUCUUCCUCGUCAAAAUCAAAAUGAUCAUACUGAAGGAGCUGCUGCUGCUACACUCCGUCAAAAUCAAAAUGAUCAUACUGAAGGAGCUGCUGCUGGUACACUACUACCAAAUGUGUCGCUGCAGCUGUGUACUAGACCUCCUAAUGAUCAAAAUGUAUAUCUAGGAAAUCAUCAUUAUCAGGGGCAACAGAUCACUGAACCAAAUUAUUACUUUAAUAAUUUACCGUACCAAACCGCAACAAUGUUCCCUUGUUUAUAUGAUCCUUUUGAUCAUACAAACCCUAAUUUUGGCUUUGAAAAUUGGAAUGCAAACAGUUGAAGUAAUGUGGGGUGUAUUGGGGUUUUUGAUCAUACAAACCCUAAUUUUGUCUUUGAAAAUUUGAAUCCAAACAGUUGAAGUAAUGUGGGGUGUAUUGGGGUCACGAUGCCUUGGAGGCUUAUUUCUGUUUUACUAUUUGCUUAGUGUUUUGCCUGCACGUAUGUUUCCAUUAUGUUGAUG